UCUGCAGACAAAAAAACAAACACCACCUUAAUUUCUCAUCACCGCGGCAAAGCUUGUGACGCCGAUGAUUGAACGUCAUCGCCACCACCAGUCUCAGCCACCGCCUUCCUCCGACGUUCCCUCUCAGAUGUAAUCUAUCUGAUUCAGAAGGGAAGAACUAACCCUAAUUUUCUAUCUGUUUUUAAUGUUGGAGUUGAAUUCGAUGACGUUGAAAUCUCUAUUUUUGCUAAUAUGUUGGCUUUUCGAUCGUUUCAGGGGAACAACAAAUCUAUCUUUAUUCCCAACAAGCUCUUCGCGUUCAUCUCUCUCCGUGCUCCACCUCCUUCCAGUUUCUCCCCUUUCUUUGAGACUGUGCAUCAUCAGGGGUUAAAAAGCCUGUGAUUUGGAAAUCAAUCCAUUGAGACUGUUGGUUGCACGUAUUUCGUGAUAAUCAAGUUGUAGAAGAAAGAAUAAUGGACUCAAAUGAUUUGGAACGUGAAAGGGGAAUUACAAUUCUCAGCAAAAACACAUCAAUUACUUACAAAGAUACAAAAAUGAAUAUUAUCGACACUCCUGGCCAUUCUGACUUUGGAGGUGAAGUAGAACGUGUCCUCAAUAUGGUGGAAGGAAUUAUUUUAGUGGUAGAUUCUGUUGAAGGCCCAAUGCCACAAACAAGAUUUGUUUUGAAGAAAGCUCUUGAAUUUGGUCAUGCUGUUGUUGUUGUUGCCAAUAAAAUCUAUAGACCAUCUGCAUGUCCGAAAUUUGUCAUCAACUCCACUUUUGAACUUUUCAUUGAACUAAAUGCAUCCGAUGAACAAUGUGUUUUUCAAGCUGUAUAUGCGAGUGGCAUAAAGGGAAUGGCUGGACUUUCUCCUGAUAAUUUGGCAGAUGAUCUUGGACCACUUUUUGAGACCAUAAUUAGAUGCAUACCAGGCCCAAAAAUUAAGAAAGAUGGAUCACUUCAAAUGCUUGUCACAAGCAUGCAGGGGUUCUGA